GACAAAUUGAGGGGGGGGGGGGGGCGGGGAAAUCCAGAAAAUCACAGACUGAUUUUUAAAGAAUUUAUUAGCAAAUUAACCAUAAUUUAGAAAAUAAGUAUUUGGUCACUUACAAACAAGCAAGAUUUCUGGCUCUCUCAGACAUGUAACAUCUUCUUUAAGAGGCUCCUCUGUCUUCCACUUGUUACCUGUAUUAAUAGCACCUGUUUGAACUCGUUAUCAGUAUAAAAGACACCUGUCCACCACCUCAAACAGUCACACUCCAAAUUCCACUAUGGCCAAAAUUGUAGAUCUGCACCAGGCUGGGAAGACUGAAUCUGCAAUAGGUAAGCAGCUUGGUGUGAAGAAAUCAACUGUGGGAGCAAUUAUUAGAAAAUGGAAGACAUAUAAGACGAUUGAUAAUCUCCCUCGAUCUGGGGCUCCACGCAAGAUCUCCCCCCGUGGAGUCAAAAUGAUCACAAGAAUGGUGAGCAAAAAUCCCAGAACCACAUGGGGGGACCUAGUGAAAUGACCUGCAGAGAGCUGGGACCAAAGUAACAAAGGCUACCAUCAGUAACACACUACGCUGCCAGGGACUCAAAUCCUGCAGUGCCAGACGUGUCCCCCUGCUUAAGCCAGUACAUGUCCAGGCCCGUCUGAAGCUUGCUAGAGAGCAUUUGGAUGAUCCAGAAGAUGAUUGGGAGAAUGUCAUUAUGUCAGAUAAAACCAAAAUGGAACUUUUUGGUAAAAACUGUCGUUGGAGGAGAAAGAAUGCUGAGUUGCAGCCAAAGAACACCAUACCUACUGUAAAAAAUGGUCAUGGAAACAUCAUGCUUUGGGGCUGUUUUUCUGUUAAGGGACCAGGACGACUGAUCCGUGUAAAGGAAAGGAUGAAUGGGGCUAUGUAUCGUGAGAUUUUGAGUGAAAACCCCCUUCCAUCAGGAAGGGCAUUGAAGAUGAAACGUUUCUGGGUCUUUCAGCAUGACAAUGAUCCCAAAGACACAGUGGCUUCGUAAGAAGCAUUUCAAGGUCCUGGAGUGGCCUAGCCAGUCUCCAGAUCUCAACCCCGUAGAAAAUCUUUGGAGGGAGUUGAAAGUCCGUGUUGCCCAGCGACAGCCCCAAAACAUCACUGCUCUAGAGGAGAACCACAGGGAGGAAUGGGCCAAAAUACCAGCAACAGUGUGUGUGUAAACCUUGUGAAGACUUACAGAAAACGUUUGACCUCUGUCAUUGCCAACAAAGGGUAUAUAACAAAGUUUUGAAAUGAACUUUUGUUAGUGACCAAAUACUUAUUUUCCACCAUAAUCUGUUCAUAAAUUCUUAAAAAAUCAGACAAUGUGAUUUUCUGGAUUGUUUUUUUUUUCUUUCUUUCUUUCUCAUUUUCCUUUCUCAUAGGUGAGGUAUACCUAUGAUGAAAAUUACAGGCCUCUCUCAUCUUUUUAAGUGGGAGAACUUGCACAAUUGGUGGCUGACUAAAUACUUUUUUGCCCCACUGUAUUAAUUGUGAACGCUAUUAUAUACACGCACAGCGUAUUGACUUGAAGUGAGAAAUUACAUGAUGGAUUUUUUCCACAAAUUAAGGUUCAGAGGUGUCUUAAAAUUGUCUGAUGUGCUUUGAUGUAAAAGGGGGGGGGGGGAAUUACUGCACAUUUACAGUAGGAUCUAGUUGUCCCACUCUGAUGCUAUUGGCGUAGCCAAUUCUCUCGCUAUAUUUAGGGAAAGUGUUGCUUUUCGUUCAGCCCAACGAGUGACUAUUUUUUUACUUGUAAUUAUUGUUAUUUCAAAAAAGCAACUAGCAACAAAUGCUAGCCACUUUUUGUGGUGUUAUUGGAGACUACUGGUCCCUCCAGAGCAUGAGAUGUUCUUAACUCCUCAUCCACAGUGUAAAUAAAUGCCCUAUGUUUAAAGCCACCACUGGCUAAUUUAACCAUAAACCUCUACUAAAAAAACGGGCACUCAUAAGGGGCUGCGGCCAUUGCUUUUCAAUAGCUGAUCUUUAUUCAGCCUAGCUGCCAAAUUAUAGGCAGAGAAACUCUGUGUGGGGGCGCUUCUUAUGCAAAUUAGUGACGCAACAGCUGUAACCAUGGUGAUGAGACGACAACAGAAACACUCCAGUGAAAGCAGCCGAGCUAACACAAAAGCCACUCACAACCGCUGCCAUUUUAGUGAAGCUCUCCAGGGCAGACGAUUCAAGCCACUGAUGGCCAGCGCAGGUGAAGUGGUGGAGACACUGGUGGAGUCCAACUGUGAGGAGCAAACAGAAAGUGGAGACGAGCAGGUGGAGGAAGCUGUUCAUGUCUCAGCUGCGAGUGAUUUCUGGUCCAGUCCGCUCCUUCCUGAAUCAUACAGGCAUAAUUCUGUAGAGGAAGUCCGGCUGCUUGCCAUCGCUGACAACUUCCAGCGUCAGUAUCGUCUUUUGUGUCCCGAACGCAAACCUCUGCUGCUCUGCCCCAUCAACGAAUGUGGUGUCCAGAAGUUUGUGUCGACCACUCUUCGCCCCACCAUGACGAGCUAUCCUGAACUGCUCAACUGGGAAGGAUGUGCUUCGUUUGUGGCCGACUUCCUGUCGAUGAAUCCUUUGGAGCCACCUGGAGAGCUCCCCAAGUUCUUGUUCUCAGCCACCUCAGUUUUGCGCAGUCAGACGGCAACCUGUUUCGAGUAUGCUGCCGUACUGUGCAGUCUGCUGCUGGGAGCCAACUACGAUGCCUACUGUGUUAGCGGCUACGCUAGCAAGGAGAUGUGUCUGCUAGACCAAAGACUGCAAGCGUGCCCCUUGCUGGACGCCAAGGUUAAGGCCACGGGUUCUGACAUGCUGGCCGACAGUGAGCAUGGGAUGAGAUUUCAGCGUGAGCCGAAGAGUCGCUUCUUAACACAACAGGCCAAGAAGAAACAGGAAGAGGCUGAAGCCAAAGCCAAGCAACAAGAGGAGGUUCCUCAGCCACCUGUCGACCCCCUGCGGGGUUUGCGGAUCCACUGCUGGGUCCUGGUGUUGGCUGGGUGUCGCAGCAUCCAGGAGGACCUCUUCAUUGACCCGCCGACAGGAAGGAGCUUCGGCACCGCAUAUGAACAUUUUCUGGGUGUGGAGAGCGUAUGGAACAACCUCAACUACUACGUCAACAUGCAGGACUGCAAGGCCGGCUGUGCUGAGCUGGUGUAUGACCUGCAUGACAUCAAAUUGUGGGAGCCUGUCUUGUUUGGCGUCACCAGUAAAAGACAACUGAGCAUCGACCUCCUCAAGAGGAAAGAGAUGAAAAUGAUGGGCAUGACUUGGGAGGAAGAAGAGGAAGAGGAGGGCCGAGUCUUUGAGAUGCCAAGAUCCUGGGUCACUUCCAUAAGCAUUUCCAAACAAGACUUGGAAACCCGUUGGCCAGGAGGCUGGAAGUUGACUCGUUACAAGAAAGCCGAACUGGAGAGGUUUGCACCUCACCUGCGAUUGGACGGUCUGGUGACCCGACUGAGCACCUACAAGGACCUGGACUGCACAGAGGUAGUGACUGUGAAAGAAUGGUACCAGGGCAGAAACGACCACCUGAGGGAGCGAGAGGUCAACAAGGUGACAGGCAUCACCACCGAGCGCUUCACGCCGGGACGACACUUUCACCUUUUAUUUCACAGGUUCACGUCCACUCCAACAGAUGGCGCUGAGCACGAGAUGGAAUUCAGUAGCGCACGCGUGGACGGCCUGGUGCGGCGCGUGGACACACCAGAGGAGAUGACUGAGAGCUUCAAAGGCCGCGAGGACUUCCUUUACUACAGAAAAGUCAUCUUCGAUCGCAAUGUCCAAUUGCCAGAGGAACCCACCAAGAUGGAGCCAGGAGAGCGACCCCUGCUGAAAGUGUUGGAGCAUUUCCACAGGAAUCCAAGGAAAGAUGCCAACGAGGACGUCGCUGAGCGAGUGUUUGUGGCGUCGCAGAGGAGGAUCGAGGUGAAAUACCAUCUGGAGGAGCACCGCUUCGUCCCGUGCAUGAGGACCUUUAUCAAACCGCGAGAGUCAAAUGACCAGCAAAACAAGGCUGAAGACUUUACGGCCGACAUGGUUUCCGGCUUCCACGUAGAUCCCGCCCAGAAGCCCCUCCACGCACUGGCUCUCUACGACCUUCUAUCAGACCUCGUCAAGGCUGAGAAGGACGUGGCUCUCCAGAUCAAGAGCUCCAAGAAAGAGGUGCGAGACAUCGUGGCCUGCAGGGAGCAGGAGGAGGCGGACAUUCUUCUUCACUUCUCCCCGUGGACCACCACCGGUGCGGCCAAGGCCCGCAGUCUCCAAGAAGAAAUGGAGCGCGUGGCAGCCGAGGAGCAGCAAUGGUUGCAGGAGAAAGAACAUGAUUUCCUGGCUCCCUUCCUCAUCGGACUGUACGACAUCGAGAUUGUGAGCGGCGAUGAUGCGCAGCGUCUAUACGACGAUAGCUUGGCCGACUUCAAGCAGCAAAUGAUCGCACAGUCGGAACUUAUCCAGGAACGUCACAACCAGGCAAUACAGGCACUGCAGAAGAAACAGGAACAUUACCAGGAGAACCAGCAGAACAUGAGUCACCAGGAGGAGAAGGAGUACCAGGCCUACUGCGCCCAGCACACCUUUCAGAUACACAUCGCCCAGAAACGCCUCAGCAUGCACAACAGGUCAGCGGCUCAAAAGUACCGUGCACUGGAUCAGAGGCUCAAACAAGACCCCCGACUGGCCCCUUACCUACUCAACUGAACGUAUCAUUUAAUGCCUUGAUUGAUAGAAGCAGGAAAAUGGUGGAUGGGGUUUAAAGUUCAAAAGAGUUUCGAGAAGCCCUGCCCAAAAUGACACAAGAAGUCUGACAUUUAGUUUUUAAGUGGCCAUUUUAGGCUCAGAACAAUGUGGAUGCAAUAACUCUGUUCCUGACUCACUGAUUACCUUCCUUCUGUUUACCUGCAUCAGACCCCAAGAGCCAUUCAUCACUGCUUGCAAAAUAAAUUGAGAUCUGUUUUUUGGUUGUAUUUUGUCUGCUCGUACAUCAAGAAUAUAUGAUGUAUUACAAUAUGUAGAAUACCUGUUUUACAUAAUACAGUCAUGCAUACAUCAAGUACGUGGAAAGUUCUUUGAGCUUUGGAAAAGUGUAGCGUACAGCUAUUUGUAUACAAGCCAAUUGACAAACAUCAGUUUUCCAUACUGUCCGCUUUAAUAUAUACUUUUUUAAUUUCGCAACGUACCCUGCAGUCAUCGCUUAGUGUUUAGCAAAAAAGGUAAGUUUAGAAAACAGUCUGGAUGAUCAACUUAGUGACUUUAAAACGAGCUUACUUGUAAUGAACUGUAACCACAGUUAUGUAGUCUCUCUCUCUCCCCCUCAUCCCAUUUUUUUCUCCGGAACUUUGCAUCCCUCAACCUGAGUGUGGGCCAAAGCUCAAGUUUAGUAAUGAGCUUGCAGCGAGGCAAAGCUUGCGAGGUCCUUCCCAGAAUGCCCCGGGACAGUACCCCAACUACCCCCAGGGACAGGGACAGCAGUACGGUGGCUAUCGCCCCCCUCAGCCCGGACCCCCGCAGGGCCAGCAGCAGCGCCCUUACGGCUACGACCAGG